UUCUAAAAUGUACUGUAUUAUUUUCUUUUUCCAUUUUUCUGCACAUGGUCACAGUUACGUUUGGCUUUAAACUGGGAUAUUCAGCUGUUGAGUGCUAUAUCAGGUGACUACAAGUUGAAGAUGCUGUGGUUGGUUUGAUGUGAUCCAUUAGAGCACCAGGGUUUCUCAGAUGAAUUGUUUAUCUCUUCUUUUCCGAAAAAGGGGCUCUACCUCCACCACACAACCAACUGAUGUUGAUAUAGCAGAUAUUUCAAACAUUAAGAAUGUCAACCUUUACACUUACAAGGAACUGCAAAUUGCCACUGAAAAUUUCAGUCGAGCAAACAAGAUUGGGGUGGGAGGUUUUGGUUCAGUCUAUAAGGGAAAGCUUAGAAAUGGUACCCUGGCUGCUAUAAAGGUUUUGUCAGCUGAAUCGAAACAAGGUGUUCGUGAGUUCUUGACAGAAAUUGAGGUGAUAUCUAGUGUCAAGCAUGAAAAUUUAGUUCAGUUGUAUGGAUGCUGUGUGGAACAAGACCACAGGAUUUUGGUAUAUGUAUAUCUCGAGAAUAACAGCCUAGCACAAUCACUUCUUGGUGGAGGCCAUAGUAGCAUCCAAUUAAGUUGGCAAGUACGGAGGGACAUCUGCAUUGGUGUUGCGCGCGGCCUAGCAUUCCUUCAUGAUGAAGUCAGGCCACAUAUUAUUCACAGAGACAUUAAAGCAAGCAAUAUAUUACUUGACAAAGACCUCCAGCCAAAAAUUUCCGAUUUUGGCCUUGCAAAACUUAUUCCACCAGGCGAGACCCAUGUUAGUACACUUGUUUCUGGUACAAUUGGCUAUCUGGCCCCAGAAUAUGCAAUGCGAAAUCAGGUUACCAGAAAAUCAGAUGUCUAUAGUUUCGGAAUUCUACUACUAGAAAUUGUUAGUGGAAGAUGUAACACAAACAGACGUUUGCCUAUUGAAGAACGGUUUCUUCAUACAAGGGCAUGGAAUUUGCAUGAGAGGGGAGAGCUGGAGAGUUUGGUUGAUAUCUCACUAGAUGGAGACUUCAAUGUUGAGGAGGCACUGCGGUUUUGUAAGAUUGGUCUUCUUUGCAUUCAGGAUUCUCUUCACCUUCGACCUUCAAUGUCUACUGUGCUUGACAUGCUGGUAGGUGAAACACAUGUGAAUGAGGAGAGGAUGACAAAACCAGGUUUAAUAUUUGAGUUUGUGGAAGCCAAUCAACAAGGGAAACAGAAAGGCAAGGCUGAAGUUGAAAAUACCUCAUCUUUUGCUGGUUCAGGGAAUCAGGAUGAUUCAUCUUUGUCAGGAAGCACGUAUUCUUUGGCUACUAUGACCUUCACUUCACUCUAUGACCGAAGCAAUUAAGUUGCAUAUUGUCUGUAAAGUGUAAACUGCACACCUGGAUGAUGAUGAUAAGUUUCUCCGUUUCCCCUUCUAUCUGUCUUUACUCUUUAUUGCCUUUUCGCUCUACACACUACAUGGUAAAUUUUUUAACUAUACCCUAGUCAACCAAUCAUAAUUGAUGGUAAAAUUUAGGAAUCCUUCAGUCCCAAGAUUUGUGCAAAAUAGCACUGUAAUUGUAAUUGGUUAGGCCAUGUAUGAUGUAACACAGAAUUUUGAAUCAGGAAGUUGUGUAUCUGCCUUGCUGUUUA